AUUAUUAUGUAGAAAACCCUAAAUGAAAAGAAGAAAAAAGAAAAAGACAACAUAAUCCUGAAACUCCAUUAGAACUCCCCCAUCAACUAUCAAGUUACAAUUCCUGCUGAUUGCUUUUGCAACAUCAUGUCCAAACUACCCAUCUUGAUGAGCAUUCCUCGUUUCAAUCCAACUCACAACCGCCCAAUUUUCUCUCUCCUCCAAAUCUGCAACAAUUGCAAUUACAAUCACACUUAUUCUCAUGUUCUUCCUCCUCGUUUCAAUCAAUUCUCCUCCCUUAAAAAAACCAACUUUAAUUCCAAUGAUUUCCCACCAUUUUUCUCCACCUUAGCAGUUUCUGCAACUUCUUCUUCUUCAAUCCAAACAGACCCUUCAUCCAAUUCUUCUUCUGUUGCUCAAACUUCUGAAUCUAGACGAAGAAGAACGAAGAAAUCCCGUUAUGAAUCACCUGAGAACAUAUUUAAGCGCAAACUUGACAUGUGUUCUAAGCACAAUAAUCUUCAAGAGGCUCUUCAAUUAUAUAACAGUGCAAAAAUUGAUGGUAUUCCUCUAUCUAUCCAACAUUAUAAUGUGCUUCUGUAUUUGUGCUCUUUAUCUGCUGCUGAUACUAGUAGUAGUAGUUGCUUUGAUAGUUUAGAGAAGGGUUUUGCGAUAUUUAAAGAGAUGGGUGUUGGCAACAUUGCACCGAAUGAGGCUACAUUUACUAGUUUGGCUAGAUUAGCAGCUGCUAAGAAAGACCCAGAAAUGGCAUUUGAUUUAGUUAAGCAGAUGAAGGGUAGUGGUGUUUCUCCUAAGCUUAGGUCGUAUGGGCCGGCGUUAUUUGGAUUUUGUGAGAAUAGGGAUGCUGAUGGAGCUUAUAAGGUCGAUGCUCAUAUGGUGGAAUGUGGGGUAGUGGCUGAGGAGCCUGAACUUUCUGCUCUAUUGAAGGUGAGUGCGGUUGCGAGGAAGGGAGAUAAGGUGUACGAGAUGUUGCAUCGACUGCGAGCUAGUGUGAGGCAGGUGUCUGAAGAGACUGCUAGGAUAGUGGAAGAUUGGUUUUUAUCGGAGAUGGCUGGUGGUGUUGGGGUGGAGGAUUGGGAUGUGGUAAGGGUGAAGGAAGGUGUAAGUAAGGGUGGAGGAGGGUGGCAUGGGCAAGGCUGGCUUGGUAGUGGUAAGUGGAGUGUGGUUAAGGCCGAGAUGGAUAAGAAGGGUGUGUGUGGUUCCUGUGGUGAGAAACUUGUAUGUAUUGAUAUUGACCCUAAAGAGACUGAAAGUUUUGCUAGUAAAUUGAGUUCCUUGGCAUGCCAAAAAGAAAAACGGGCUAAAUUUUUGCAGUUCGAGGAAUGGCUUCAAACUCACGGGCCUUUUGAUGCAGUUGUGGAUGGUGCCAAUGUAGGCUUAAUCAAUACACAUACCUUUAGCUUUAGGCAGCUUAGUAAUGUAGUAAAUCAAUUACAACGAAUUAGCCCUUCAAGGAAAUUGCCUCUUGUCAUUCUUCACAGAAGCCGUGUGUUUGGUGGCCCAGCUGAAAAUCCUAAUACGAAGAAGUUGUUGGACAGCUGGUGGAAGGCUGGUGCACUUUAUGCUACCCCACAAGGUUCAAAUGAUGACUGGUAUUGGUUGUACGCUGCUGUUAAUUGCAAGUGUUUGCUGGUUACAAAUGAUGAGAUGAGAGACCACUUGUUUCAGCUGCUAGGGAAUAGCAUUUUUCCGCGCUGGAAGGAAAAGCAUCAGGUCAAGAUGACGGUCUCGAAAAGUGGUCUUGCCCUUCACAUGCCUCCACCGUAUUCUAUUGUGAUACAAGAAUCUGAAAGAGGUUGUUGGCAUAUACCUACUGUAACAGGUGAUGAUCUCGAAACACCUAGACAGUGGCUCUGUGCUACGAGAGCCACUAGGAUUAGAUCCAAGGUUCCUGGAAAAUUGUCCAAUAUCUUCGCAACAGGAUAAUCACAUCAUGGAUAGAAACUAAGAGGGGCGAUAAUACUGGAAUGUAUUGCUGAUGGUUAUUGUUCUAGUUCCAGUUGUUUACUGGAAGUGGUGAUACUUUGUGAUUUUUUUUUUUUUUGGGGGGGGGGGGGAUUGAUAAUACUUUGAGAUGAUAGCUCUUAGCAUGCAAUAUUUGUCUUAUGUAGGGAAAGAGUUUCCCUUGGUUGUUUCUUUCUCCCCUCAAAUAUAAAGAACUUUCCAGAUUUUUCAAGCACAUCUCAUCCUAAUGUCUGCAGCACUGCAAUGUCAAGAGUAUUUAUCUUUUAUC